GGUCGAGGAUCUGUCAAACAUAAAAAACAAAACGCAAAUCGCGGUCAAUGCAUUUUGUGCGUGUUCCGACAGAAUCCUGAUUAAUUCUUUAAUUUUCUUACUCUAAAAAUAUAUUAAUCUUCAUCGUAAUCCGAUUGCAAUGUUCGGCGCAACGCUUGGGGGCACUUCCGCCUUUGGAGCAACCACAGCGGCCCCAACCAAUCCGAUGAAGGAUUUCGAGGUCACAUCGCCACCGGAUGACACGGUUUCGGCCAUGGAGUUCAGCCCGGCAACGUUGCAGCAAAACUUUCUGAUUGCCGGCAGUUGGGACUGCAGUGUGCGCUGUUGGGAAGUUGAGCAGACGGGGAAAACCGUGGGCAAAUCCAUCAAAACCAUGGGCGGACCGGUGCUGGAUGUCUGCUGGGCCGACGAUGGCAGCAAGGUUUUCAUCGCAUCGGCUGAUAAACAGGUUAAAUGUUGGGACUUGGCUUCGGAUCAGGUUGUGCAAGUUGCUCAGCACGACGCUCCUGUUAAGACAUGUCACUGGGUUAAAGGAACCAACUACACCUGCUUGAUGACCGGCUCGUGGGACAAAACCUUGAAGUUCUGGGACACUCGAACGCCUCAGCCAAUGAUGUCCAUUCAGCUUCCGGAACGAUGUUACUGCGCUGAUGUCGACUAUCCAAUGGCAGUUGUGGGAACGGCCGGACGGCAUGUCCUGAUCUAUUCCUUGGAGAACAAACCAACUCAGUACAAACAGCAGGAAAGCCCUCUCAAGUACCAGCACCGAACGGUUUCCAUUUUCCGUGACAAGAAGAAAGCUCCGACCGGAUAUGCUCUGGGUUCCAUUGAGGGCCGAGUUGCUAUUCAGUAUGUGAACCCCAUCAAUCCGAAGGACAACUUUACAUUCAAGUGCCAUCGUUCGAAUGGUUCCAACGGAUACCAGGAUAUCUACGCAGUCAAUGACAUAGCAUUCCACCCGGUUCAUGGAACACUGGCCACUGUUGGUUCUGAUGGUACGUUCAGCUUCUGGGACAAAGACGCCAGGACGAAGCUUAAAUCAUCGGAAACGAUGGACCAAUCCAUCACCAAAUGUUGCUUCAAUGCUACGGGCCAGAUUUUUGCAUACACCGUUGGAUACGAUUGGUCAAAAGGACACGAGUACAACAAUCCCCAGAAGAAAACGUACAUUUUCCUGCGUUCCUGCUACGAAGAACUCAAACCACGGGCAAAUAACUAAGCGGCUCUAUAAUUAGGACAGUGAUUUACCAUUCUGCUACCAAUAAACAUCAACCCCAAUUUAUUAGAGCUUAA